AUGCACCUCGGCCACAUCGAGAAUGAAACCCUCAAGCCGCUCCACCAGUUAAUCCGCCUUCCCGUUCCCAUCAACGAUGACCAGAAGAUCACCGUCGACCACUUCGCCCCACUUACCCCCAACAUCAAGCUGUUCCUCUCCAAAAACGAUCUGCAGCAGCUGCCCUCAGAAUUGUGGAAUCUGGGCAAUCUGGCUGUCCUCAGUUUACGCUCGAAUUGCUUGACCGAAAUCUCGCCCUCGAUUGGCCGUCUCCGCAACCUCCAUGAGCUCAAUGUCGCUGGGAACCAGCUUCCCUUCCUUCNNCCCUUCGAGCUACUCGCUCUGAUCGAAAAUAAGCUUGUCCAGCUUUCCUUGAGCCCGAAUCCCUUUGUACAGCCUUUACCUCUGCCGACUUCGACUAUGCUCCGAAUCGUUCCAUCCAAAACCGAGGAUUGUUUGCGCGAAUUACAUCGCUUGCAAAUUCGCUGUCCUGGCAUCGACAUGAGGGUGCCGUCACACGAAGCUUUACUCCAUCGUCUCUAUGCCUCUCGAUUAUAUACCGCUUCUCAAGGGCACAAAUCCACGUCCACUUAUGUUGCUUCGUCGUCCACGACAUUCUUCGAGAUCGAUGGUUCGGUCGUGCGUCCACGCUUCCGCGCAUAUACCGCAUAUUCCGCGCCAGAUUAUUCCGCCUCGUUCGAACGCCCCUCACCACCUUCAUCGGUACGAUCUGCCGCACCUUCUCUUUUUGAGCUGAGUGCUCGCGCUUGCGCCCGUUCCCAGUACGUUGGGCAGCUGUCCGCGCUCCUCCCGGAUGAUGCGUCUCCACCUGUUAAUACGGCAAUCAGCAAGGUCAUGGAAAGCAAAAGAUUGGGUAUGCAACACUGUUCUGUUUGCAACAAGCAGUUCCUUGUGCCUAGGGCGCAAUGGGUCGACUAUUAUUACGUCGGACCUGGGAGUGAGAUGUGCUCGCCUAGCGAGUUGUUCAGACCGUUCGUGCGCAAGGCUUGCUCUUGGGUAUGUGUCGGUCGAUUGGCUGAAAAGAGAGAGAAGCAUUGGGAAGAUUGCGAGGAACACAUCUUGGAUAUAACGCGUUCCCCGUAA